CCUUCCUCGUGCACGAAACUCCUGUCACUGUAGAGGACGAUUCCGAACAAGCACUGAGAAUCCAACACGCAUGCGCGCUCGUCUCACGUCAACGCGGGAGCGCGUAUUGGCCGGUUCCCUGUGUAGUGAGAGAGCAGAGGAUGGCUGCCCUGUGUCCUGCGGUGACGGGAGAUGUGACCCCGGGUACAGGAGGAAAGUGCUAGAUUUAAUCAGCCUCAGAGGACCAAUGUACUUGACAGCUCAUGGAAGAAAAAAUCCAGGCCAGAGCCUCUCUAGGUUCCAGGCUUCCAAAAUUUGGGUCUUCAAAACCUAUAGGAAGCUACUUUGAUCGGACACAGAAUGGCACACACAUUGGUUUGGUGGGUAAAUCCAGCGUCACUAGUGGAGAUAACAAGCACAGUAACCUUGAAAGGACAUCAGUCCUUCAGCCCAAUUGGAAAAAACUGAAGCAUCCACCGAAUGAGCAGAUUGGUAAAGAACCUAUUAACUCUGCUUUCGGCAAAGGGCAUGAUGCCAAAACAUAUUCCCAGUCCCAGAUAACAGAUGAUAAACAUAUACCCAGGUUAGGAGGGACAUUAAAGACUGGACAACAAAACAAUAUGUUGGUGUCCCAAAAGGAGGAUCUGAAUGAAAACAGACUGCUUACUUCCACUAAAUUUACAAAAAAUGCAUCUUUAGGAAGGACUUCCUACUCUGGCAUUAAUGGCUGUAAAACACAGGCCAGUGGUUUUUAUAAUAGUAGACCAAUUACAGGUUUACAGAGGCCCAGAGCUAAUUCUGUAAAUAGAAUUUUUUCAAAUAAUGUCCCUGACAACAUAAAGUCUUUUUCCUACGUGAGGAGGUCCCAAAGCUUUUCUCAUUCCCUACAGAAUUCCUUACAGCCAACUACAACACUUGCACGGUCUCUUUCCUUUAACCGAGAAAUAGACCCACAAAAGCCUUAUGAAACACAUGUAGCCCUGAGGACAGCUCCAAAGGGGAAUUUAUUGUCAAGGAGCGACAGACAAUAUGAUUUGCCCAACGGUAAUACAAAACCCUUAAAGUCUAGUUUUACAAGGACUUAUUCAGCAGGGUCUUCUUCUGGAAUAAAAAAACCUAACUUGUCCAAUGGAUCUGUUUUAGCGUCUCCUUUGGGUUAUAAAAUGAGCCGUCCUUCUUUACUAAAGACAACAAGACAACAAUUCCCACGGGAGAUAAUCAUUGAUGGUUUAAAAAGUUCUUCAGAUACCUUUUCCUUAAAAGAUAAAAUGGAACCCAUGCCAAGCGAUAUCGAAAGAUCAGCUAACAAUAAAAUCAACAUUGAAGAAAAAGUCAUGGAUACCUGUAAUUUUGUUCUUUGCGAUAACCUCCAAAAACAAGAGUCUAAAGAUAGUUACUAUGGUGAAGACUUAGAUGAACUUAGUAUAUCUUCAUUGUCAUCUUCUGAUAAGAACGAUCUAAGUGAAGAUUUUAGUGAUGACUUUAUUGAUUUAGAAGAUGGUAAUAAAACUAUUAUUGCAGUGGAACUGGAGAAAAGUCUGACCGAAAAUCUACCCAGUAAAAAUCUGUUGAAAUCUUUCCAAGAAAAAUGCAUUAUCGAUAAAACAGAUGACUGCAUUGAUAUUAAAGCAGCAGUGCAAAAUGCGUUGGGAAGCACAAGCAGUCUCUUUGGAGAGAUCAGAAGUUCCCCAGAUCUGGAGUACCGAGAUCAGUCAUCUCUUGAGCUUUCACCAUGUGAUAGCUCUGGUGGGACAUACAUGUGGGAUGAAGAGGGUAUGGAGCCCCUAGGAAAUGUUGACCUAUGUGGGAGCCAUGAGUCUUCUGAAAUAAACAGCCUGGAUGUUCUCAAUAACCUGGAGACAUCUGAUUUGGAGGAAGAUGACUUGAUGCUGAACAUUGAUCUUCCAGAGGACACACCUUCAGAAAUUGAAAAUAAUGACAAUAUGAAUGCUUUUGAAAGAACAGAAUGGAAUGUAAGACAGCGUCAGCAAGGAUUCUGGAUGUGGCCACCACAGCGGCUCUUUGAACAUCACCUGAGUAACGCAGACCACUACUUCUAUGGCAGAGGGUUAGCGUGUGUGGAUACCCCAGUUGAACGCAGGGAGAACACUGUGAUGCUCGAUGAAAUUACCCUAGAUCACAUUGUCCAAGGCUGUGUGGAUGUAAAAAAUGAUCUGCUUAAGUUGCAGUAUUUUCUACAACAGGAAAAUGACCAUGAUUCAUUACAGGACUUAAUGCCUUCAUCUCCAAUAACACCUGAAAGACAGGAGUCUGAGCCAGUGCCGAAGACUGAAGAUCUGCUGAGGGAGAUACAACAACUUAAGGAAGAGGCGAAGAAAAAAGAUGAAACCAUCCAACACUUAGAAAAUCAGCUGCAGACCCGUUGCACAUGCCAAGGUCCUAAAGGCGAGAAACCCGCUCAGCGAACGAAGUACACACAGACGAGCAGGAGAAGGAACACACUUCCAAUACUACAGUAUUCCAACAACAUCCUCAAUUUUACAGACCACAGCUCGGGAAGAUUAGUAACACCUUUACAUAUCGAGGACCUAAGUGAAUUUGGGCCUCAGUGCCCAUCUUUAUGCCACUUGGAAGAAAAUGAUGCCAACUUCUCCCAAAUACCUGAGCUGAGUGAUUUAUUGACUAAGCAGUUAAAAAUACAAGAUCCAGAAGACAACUUUGAGGAGAUUAAGAAAUUAGAAGAUGAGACAAAUGAAAGAGAACAUGUUAAUGGAGAUUUAGAACCUCAAAACGUCCCUUCAGCCCUCCUGGUAACUGUAACUGGUGAAACAAAAAAUGACCUACGAUCUAAAUUAACAGUUAAAACAUCAACCAAUCAGAUUUCUAGGCCAAAGACUUUACAGCUGUGUAGGCCCAAAAUUCAAAACACUUCUACUUAUCAUAAACCAACAAACUCUUCAAUUGCUCAGAAUACAAUUCCUACAGUCAAGGAACCUCAAGCGCAGACAAAGACUUCUUGUUGUUUGCCCCAACUAUCAAACGGUUCUCAAUCUGUGGUACAAAAGAAAAGCCAGCCACAAUCACAGAAAGAUUGUUCAGUAAGUCAGCCAAGCACAUAUGUAGCAUCAAGUAGUAUCUCAGGCUCAUCACAAACAUUGUGUGCUCCUAAGGAUCAAACCUUGUCAUCACUAAGUAAGCAUAACCGACGACUGCCAAAUCUGCUACCACCUUCUACUGGAAGCUCCAAGGUACAGUCAAUAGGAAGUCUCCCACCUCAGCAGGUACCAACAGCUGACACAUCAAGGCAGACAAAUAGGCAAAGCCCAAAAACCUCCAUGCUUAGACCUCCAAGUAAUUUUGCUUCUAAACUUAAGAAACCAAGUAGUCCUAAGACUGAAACCAUGCAGCCAAUAGCAUCAAACGAACCACCUAAAACACAAUUAAGAUCACCUUCUGUCCUCCGACCAGCUUCCAAUAAAAAAGAAGUUUCCCAAGAAGCUGGUGAGAGCUCUGGCCUGAAGCGGCAAUCCCGUCUCCCUCAACCAAAGACACAUUGAGAAAGCAAAAACACAUAAUGUGCAUUAAAAGAUUCCUUCUCUUUUUUAUUUGUUUGCAGCUAGGCAUCCAACAGUCAAGAGCUUUAAUGCAAAAUCACCAGUGUUAUUUUCCAAUUCAAUAGAACAUUAUAUUUUGUUGAUAACAGCUUGUUUAUAUAAAGUUAUUUUUCAACUGUAAGAAAGGUUUCAGUCCAUCCUGGGGACUCAUGAAGUUAUGUUCUGAUCACUACUCAAUAAUAUUUGCAGUUAGUCAAAGAAUUUUCAGUCCAUGAUGCAUCAUCUUUAUUGUCCAUCUCAUAUAAUUUUGUAUUGUCUUAUACCCAGAUAAUUUAUAAAGUUCUUGCUUAUUUUUUGUAAAAAGA